AUGGGCAUGACACUACCAUCUGAGAACAGUGCCGCAGAGCAAGCUCGCUCGCUCAUGGCCCGUAAGGAUGCAAUUGAAGCCCAAAUCGAGGACCAGGGCGCAAUCAUACGCUCGCAUGGCGCGGAUAUGCAGACGCCACUGGUGGAUCGCGAGGGCUUCCCUCGCGCCGAUAUAGACGUGUGGGCCGUUCGCACCGCAAGAGUGCGUAUCAUUGAGCUGCGCAACGACCUUUCUGCUGUUCGUGGGGAACUUGCGAAGGCCUUGGAGAAGGUGUAUGAACGCAAGGAGGAGAUACCCACCGCAAGUGCUCCGCAAGAAGCUCAGUUAUUGCCCUUCGCCAGGGUGAACACGGUCGCGCCAGGGAGCCCGGCUGCAGAAUCUGGCUUGCAACGCGAAGACCUCGUCUUGAAGUUCGGGCAUCUAACAAAAGAAUCGUUCACUCAAGCGUCUUUGCAACCUUUGGCCGAGCUGGUGGCUCUGAACGAGAACAAACCAAUUGCGAUGAUUGUGCGGAGAGCGGGGGCUAUGACGGCCUUGCGGCUUGUACCUAGACAAGGUUGGGGAGGGAGAGGAAUGCUAGGGUGUCAUUUGUUGCCACAUUCCGCGUAG